AUAACAACAUCCACGCGCUAUUCGAGUGCACUCCAAGAAGCAAAACUACAAAAUUUUAACGGCAACCCUGUGGAAAGCCGGAAGAACGUGUUUUCUAGCGCCGGUGUAUUUGAGCACUGAUCAAGGUCACGCGUUCACAUGCCCUCACGUGUGAGAUCUCCAAGCAAGGGAUCGCAGGUCUGGUUACAAUGGCAGGACUGAUUAAUUUUGAGGACGAGAAAGAAGUGAAGGAGUUCUUGGACAACUUGGGAGUGGAGUACAGAUACCAGUGCUACAAGGAGAAAGACCCUGAAGGUUGUCAAAGGUUGGCAGAUUACCUGGAGGGGGUGAAGAAGAACUAUACCCAGGCUGCUCAGGUUCUUAAGCACAACUGUGAGACUUACAAUCAUUCUGAGAGCUGCUACAAGCUUGGAGCCUACCAUAUCACAGGCAAAGGUGGUGUGGCUCAGUGUUUAAAGAGUGGCUACUCUUGCUUUCUCAAGGCAUGCAAUACCAAUGGAAAAAAGUCAGUGGAUGCAUGCCACAAUGUCGGUUUGCUCGCCCAUGACGGCCGAGCCUUAGAGGCUGGUCCGGACCCUGUGACGGCUCGUCUCUACUAUAAGAAAGCCUGUAAAGGAGGGUUUGCUCCUAGCUGUUUUAAUUUGAGUGCCCUGUACAUCCAAGGCUCAGCAGAAGUGGACAAAGACAUGCCCAAGGCCCUGAAGUAUGCCGCACGAGCCUGCGAGCUGGGCCACGUUUGGGGCUGCUCCAAUGCCAGCCGCAUGUACAAACUCGGUGAUGGCACCAAGAAGGACGAUGAGAUGGCAGACAAGCUGAAGAACAGAGCAAAGGAACUUCACGGACAACAGAAAGAGCAGCAGCUGAAAUUUGGCGAGUGAGCUUGAGAGUAAUGCAAGAUUCAGAGGAUAUUUGGGUUCUCAGUGUUUUACACUCACUUUUUAAGAUAUGUGAGGUUUAAAAGCUUCAUAAUAUGUGUAUUAGAGCCAUUGAUGGUUGCCAAUUCAGUCAAAAGAUUUUUAUAUGUAUGUUCCCAUUUGUAAAUCUGUCCAAAUGUCUGGGACAUUAAUGUUAAUAAAUGAGUUGUUUAAUGAA